CGCCGCUGCGGGAUGGAUGUAACGCACCCGCUGGAGCUGUUCCCUGACCGCAGCGUGACUCUGCUCCUCUUUAACCACGUGAAAAAUGCCGCCGCACUAAGGAAAAAAGCCAUGGAAGGGGCCAUCGAAGGAGCACUGGUAAACCCUGCAAUGAUUGUAGAUCCUUUUCAGGUUCUUGUGGCGGCCAACAGAGCAGUUCAUCUACACAAGAUAGGUAAAAUGAAAACCAGGACUCUCAAUGCUGAAAUUAUUUUCAGCCUUUCACCAAGCAACAAUAUUUCAGAUGCAUUUAAAAAGUUUGGCAUUUCAGACAGUGACACAGCAGUACUCAUUGUUCUGGUUGUGGACAGAGGAAAAACUGUAAACCUGGAAGAUAUAGCAUCUCAGGUGGAAGGCCAACAGGUCCCUCUAGAUGAGCUCCCCCAACUGACAGACACUGCCAAAGUUAAGAAGAUGUACAAAAUUACUCCACAGGAAGAAAAAAUCGGCACUUUAGUGGACAGUAUUGUGUGCAGAAUGUCAACAAAAGAUGUUUUAUGAAAAUAUGGUAAUUUUUUUUAAAGC